AUGUUUGCAAAAAAGCGGUCCGCUGUACACGAAGUCCGAGGGCAUACGGCAAGGCGGGGUGGGGGCGGCGUCACACGCAAUGACAUUGGCUGUGGCAUUGUUGGCUGCUCCCUCUGUGCUUCUGCCGUCUGCGGCGAACGUGGGCCAUGUGUCGUUCCCACCUCACUCAUCAUCAUCCCGGACACCAAUGUCGUCCUGCACAACAUGAAUGCCCUUGAGGACGCCCAGGUACAGAACAUUGUAUUCCUGUCGACUGUUGUGUCGGAGGUGCAGAAUCGCAACAAAGGCAUUUACGCGCGUCUUCAACGUCUCUUGGGGGAGGAACGAAAACAGUGCUACGUCUUCUCCAAUGAUCGCCACGAGCAGACACAUUGUAUGGUGGAGCGGGAGGAGACCCCCAAUGAUUACAACGAUCGUUGUAUCCGAGUAGCCGCACGGUGGUACGGACGGCACGUCUCCCUUGCCUUUCCGGCGUCGCCACCGAGUGUGGCCCUCAUCUCGCACGACAAACUGCUUCGGCAGGCCUUUGUCACGGCUACCGAGGAGGUCGCCACACCAAAUCUUUCCUGUGUCACGCUACGAGAGUUUGUUGAGAAGGCUGUAAGCACACGGUCAGAUCUUUUGGAAAAGAUUCAGUAUGAGCAGCCAGCGGGGAUGAAGGAGUCGUCCAAGGUGGGUGCUCUCUUUCAGCAACAUGUGGCGGGCGGUGCUCUGUUGAUGGGCAUAAAUAACGGCACGUACCUUCGCGGUAAGCUGCGCGUGAGUGAGACCAAUUGUUUCUUUGGGGAGAUACGCGGGCAGUGGGAGGGGCACAACUUUUCACGGGUACUGCUGCCUGGUCGCUCCAAUUUGAACCGUGCUAUUCAUGGCGAUAUUGUUGCCGUUGAACUUCUCCCGGUGUCUUCUUGGCGUGGCCCGAAGGACGCAAAGCCGCUGGAUGAAAACGCAACGGAGGCGGCGGCUGUUGCGGGAGGCUACAUGCCGGUAGGGAGGGUGGUUGGCAUCACCAGCAUGGAGCGCAGGCCGUUUUGCGGUAGUAUUGACGUCGAGGAACUCACGCGGCUCACGGCGUCGGAAGGGAAAAUUUCCGGUGCAGUCAGUGUGUUAUUCCAGCCAAAGGACAAUCGGAUUCCACGAAUCCGCAUUUCCACGCGGGACCUGGAGUAUUUGAAAGACAAGCGACUGAGUGUUAUUAUUGACGACUGGCCGGAGUACAACAGUUUUCCUGUGGGUCACUACGUUGAGGUGCUCGGAACCAUUGGUGACAAGGACACAGAGGCUAAAGUCAUUCUCCUUGAGAAUGACGUUCCUCACUACGACUUCAGUGAGGCGGUGUAUGACUGUUUACCAAAAGGACAGUGGAGUGUGUCGAAGGAUGAGUUGGAGCGUCGACUUGACCUACGGGAUUUGUGUGUUGUCAGUGUUGAUCCUCUUGGAUGCCGCGACAUUGACGAUGCACUGCAUUGCCGUGUUGUCAAUGAGAACCAUUUUGAAGUCGGCGUUCAUAUUGCGGAUGUGACGCACUUUUUGCAUGAAAAUACAGCUAUGGAUGAGGAGGCUGCGAAACGUAGCACGAGUGUGUACCUUGUUGACAGACGAAUUAAUAUGUUGCCUCAGCUGCUGACGGAAAAUCUCUGUUCCAUUGUUUCAAAUGAAGACCGCUACGCCUUUUCAAUCCUGUGGGAGUUUGAUGAGGAAUACAACGUGGUCCGCGAUUACUUUGGAAAAACGGUGAUUCGCUCCCGUGCGGCACUUUACUAUGGUGAUGCGCAACGCAUGAUUGACGACGUCAACGACAAGAGCGAGAUUGCUGUUUCGCUACGCCAUUUGAUGAACAUCAGCCGGCACUUCAAGGCGAUGCGGGAGAAGGACGGUGCCCUCUUCCUCGCCUCACAGGAGUUUAAGUUUAAGGUCGAAAACGACCACGUGAAUCCCACGGACAUGCAGGUUUACCAGACGUUUGAGGCGAACUCUAUGAUUGAGGAAUGGAUGCUCUUUGCCAAUGCGGCGGCUGCACGGAAGGUCUACGAGAGUUAUCCGCGCUGGACUCUUCUACGUCGUCACCAGCGCCCCGCGGAAAACGCGUUUGACAAUUUGAAUGAAGCUCUCGAGCGAAAACUUGGCCUUCGACUUGAUGACACGACAUCCUUGACAUUAAACACUUCCCUUAAUGCCUGCAUAGACCCGGACGACGUGUAUUUUAACCAACUUAUCCGCAUCCUUGUUACACGAUGUCUGCGACAGGCGCAAUACUUUUCCAGCAGUGAGGUGUCACAAGAUGAGUUCUACCACUUUGGCCUUGCCAUGCCUAUCUACACCCACUUCACCUCCCCUAUUCGUCGCUAUGCGGACGUGAUUGUACACCGGCAGUUGGCGGCAGCUCUUGGCAUCAUGCAGGUCAGCGAGAAGCACACGGAUUCUGUCAAGAUGGAGGCCGUUGCAGCGAACAUUAAUUACCGCCAUGAGCAGGCGCAAAGGGCGGGACGCGAUUCUCAAAAUCUCUUUACAGGCUUUUAUUUGCGCAACUUUGCGGGCCAGGUUAUACCGGACGAAGACGGUUAUGUCGUGAAACUUUCCGAGACGCAUGUGUUUGUCCUUGUUCCCAAGUAUGGCCAAGAGGGGAAGAUUCCAAAGGAGCAACUUGUGCGUGUGCCGGGCCUGCUGGACAAAGUUCGCGUUGGCAUUGAGUUGCGUCAGCAGGGAGAUGUGCUUCGAACCACACUUGCGUUUGUUCUGGUUGGAAUGAUGAAGGAGGGCGAAGAUGGCAGAGGGGAUUUCUGCACGGAGGGGGAAAACAGGGAAAACGGGGAAAACGGGGAAAAGUCGCCAACGGACGACGCGGCAGGCGAAGAGGGGCCGGUGCGAAAGAAGUUUCGACGGAAGCAGGAAGGGGAUGAAGGGAAGAACAACAAAGAGUGA